GUCGCAGCGGGCGGGCGUCCCCCGGUGUGGCCCUGCUUCCGGGCAGCGGCCGGGGACCAUGGCGAGCCUGGACGACGGCCUGACGGUGCCCGUGUGGCUGGCGGAGGACGACCUGGGCUGCAUCAUCUGCCAGGGGCUGCUGGCCUGGCCCGUCACGCUGCCCUGCGGCCACAGCUUCUGCCGGGACUGCCUGCAGGGCCUGUGGGGCGCGGGGCGCCGCUGGUCCUGCCCCACCUGCCGCGAGGGCGCGGCGCAGCCGCUGCGGCUGCGGAAGAACACGCUGCUGCAGGACCUGGCGGACAAGUACAGCCGCGCGCGGGGCGAGCUGGAGGGCGCCCCGGCCGGGACCCCGCCCCCCGCCCCCAGGCCCGCCCCCCGGCCGGUCCCCGGACCCCCGCGCCGCGCCGCACAACCCCGGGCGGCGGCACCGAAGAGCAUCCCAGAAGCUGGUCGGGAGCUGGCAGAGCUGGUGGAACGGCUUGUAGACAUUGUCAGGAGCCUUCAGAACCAGAGGCACCUUCCAGAAUCUGGGCCGCAGAACAAACUGAACGUCCUGGGCAUGGCUUUUUCUGGUGGGGUGGACCAUUCCUUGACUUCUCCAAAGCUAGCGACUUCCAACAAAGCUGAGGAAAAAAUGAGAGACAUUCUGCAUGACCUAGAAGACAUCCGGGGGAAAUUGCAAGAAAACUUCACGGGGAAAGAGCCGCGUGAAGAACAAAGGCAGGUUAAACCCCCGGAAGGUCUGUCUUCCUCCUCAUGCCCACGGACUGACCAGAGCCUCCAUGCAUCCAGGUUUGUUCAAUGGGCUAUCAGUCCAACCUUUGACCUGGGGAGCCUGUCCUGUAGCCUGGAGGUGUCGGAGGAUCGCAGGAAGGUGACUGUAUCUCACAUCCCACAGCUUUAUGCCUGGAGUCACGACAGGUUUACGACCUGCCAGGUCUUAUGCUCCCAAGCCUUCUCUUCUGGGCAGCAGUACUGGGAAGUGGACACUCAGCAGUGCAGUCACUGGGCGAUCGGCGUGGCUUCCUCGGGGAUGAGCCGAGACCAGAUCCUGGGAAGGACCAGGGACUCCUGGUGCAUAGAGUGGAAGGGGACCAGCCAGCUCUCGAUGUGGCACAUGGUCAAGGAAACUGUCCUCGGCGCAGAAAAACCUAGGGUGGUGGGCAUCUGGCUGGACCUUGAGCGGGGGAAGCUUGCCUUCUAUUCAGUGGCUAAUCAGGAGAAACUUCUGGGCGAGUGCCCAGUCUCCGCCUCCUCGCCCCUGCACCCUGCCUUCUGGCUCUAUGGUUUACAUCCCGGAAACUCUCUGACCAUAAGGCCAGUAAAGGCAUAAAGGUUAAAACACGUUGGUUUCCUGUCCUCUUUCUCUGCCUUCAGGAAUCCCACUCCCGAAGUUAAGGGGUGUGCAGUGAAGGCUUAACUCUGCACAGUCCAGAGAAAGAAAGAGAGGGCCCUUGAUUGGCAUCUGGUUCGUAAUCUCUAAUCCUUUGGUAUAACCUGCCUGAUAAGAGUGUCUUCUUCGUUCACCUGGGGGCCUUGGGCCAGGAGGUAUCCUCAGCUUGACCUUGGGAGAGGCUGGAGACUAAGGUCAGCCACCUGAUUGGUGAGGCCUGUCUGCCUGACCGACCUUCACUGAAAGACCUGGAUACCAAGGCUUGGGUGCCUUUUCCUGGUUGACAGUACUCCUUGCACAUUGUCACACAUCAUUGCUGGGAGAAUUAAGAAUUGUCCAUAGGACUCCACUGGGAGAGGAUAAUUGGUGUCUCCUGGCUGCUGCCCUAUGUGCCUUCUUUUUACUACUGAUUUUAAUAUGUAUAUUUUCAGUGUCAUAAACUGUAACCAUGAGUAUAACAGUUCUGCUGAGUUCUGACAGUCCUAGUGAAUCACUGAAUCUGAGAGUGUUUUUUAAAAAAAUAUUUUAUUGAUUUUUUUACAGAGAGGAAGGGAGAGGGAUAGAGAGUUAGAAACAUUGAUGAGAGAGAAACAUCAAUCAGCUGCCUCCUGCACACCCCCUACUGGGGAUGUGCCCGCAACCAAGGUACAUGCCCUUGACCGGAAUCGAACCUGGGACCCUUCAGUCCGCAGGCUCUAUCCACUGAGCCAAACCAGUCAUGGCCUGAGAGUGAUUUUAAGGGACACCCCAAACACAAGGGAAAAACCUAGGGUGGUUAUGACUCUCUGUGAAAUAUUACCACAAAUGUAGUGGUUUCAAACAACACACAUUUGUUGUCUCAGUCUCUGUGAGUGAGGAGUCAGGGCACAACAUAGCUGAGGCCUCCACUUCAGCGUCUCAUAAGCUGCAGUCAGGGUGUCAGCUGGGGCCUUGGUGUCAUCUGAGACCCGACUGGGGAAGGACCUGCUUUCAAGCUCACAGGUUGUUGGCCACAUUUAGAUUCUCCUGGGUUGUCAGACUGAGGGCUUCGGUUUCUGCUGAGUAUUGGUUUGAUAUGAUUUUAAAUUCAUUUGUUUAUGACUUAAGUGAAGCUGUUUUAAUCCUGUUUAUGCAAAGACAAGAAAAUAUUUUAGAAGGGAAGUUGUUUUGCCCAACCAGUGUGGUCAGUGGUUGAGGGUUGACCUAUGAUCCAGGAGAUCAAGGUUCAUUUCUUGGUCAGGGCACAUGCCUAGGUUUCGGGCUCCGUCCCCAGUAGGGGGCGGGUGCAGGAGGCAGCCGAUCAAUGAUUCUCUCUCAUCAUUGAUGUUUCUAUCUCCCUCUC